AGUAUUCAAUUCUGUGGUUGUUUGACCAAAGCUCAAAUCACACAACUAAAUCUAGUGAUGCUUUGGUCGCCAACAGAAUGAAUGUCAACCCAGGAGGUGGGCAACCUAAAAUGCACGACACUGUAUAUGAAGAUGACAACCGGUUCGUGGGUCAGAGGUUAGUAAUAGAUGAUGGAACUCCUAAAGGGCUUAAGUUGGCAUUAGAGGAAAGGGGAUUUGAUACUAGGGGAAAGACCAGAAAAGAUUUGAUAAUGAAACUAGAAACAUAUUUAGAUUUUUCUAAUGAACUGUCUAUUGUAGAACAUUACAUGAAAGAGCAUGGCCACCACUGCAUGUUUCUACCCAAAUUCCAUUGUGAAUUGAAUCCUAUAGAACGAGUGUGGGGGCAGGCAAAGCGUUAUACUAGAGCAUACUGUAAUUAUUCAAUAGUUGAGCUGAGAAAAACUCUGACACCAGCAUUAGAUUCUGUAAAUGUUGACAUGAUUAGAAAGUAUUUUAGAAAAGCAAGACAUUACAUUAGGGCAUACAGAGAUGGCAAAGUAGCAGGACAUGAACUCGAGGAAGCCGUCAAGCAAUACAGGUCUCACAGAGGAGUCAAGAGGAACAAGUAA